GAAAUAACACACACACGAAUGUCCGAGAUUGGCGCCCAAGUUCGGGAUACAAGCGCGCGUUUUGUCGCUAUAGGAGAUCUCGCACAACUUAAGCGCGCAUUUGACGACUGUUUGUUAUCGUUUCUGAUCGAUUCUGGCUACGUGUACGAUCAUGCUCACGAUAACAGAAAAAUAUUUUUGGGAACAUUUUCUUGUACUGUCGCACUGCUAUUGCACUUUUUUCCAGAACUUCUACACUGCAGCAAAUCCUUAACGUUUCCAAUUCUGUUUGCUUACUUGACACUGAGUAUUACGCUGCAACUGUACAGUGUCUACGCACAAAUGGGUGCUAGGAUGAUUAAAUAUGACUUAACUGCGGGUCAUUCUUACACGAGUGACAAGAGUGCUUGGUUGUCAUUCCAAUGUAAGUCACAGAAAAAUAAAGAGGACGUUACUGUUGCUCUAACACAGCAUGGUCAUCGGGCUGCAAGCAUACAGAGGGAAUUACAUUUGUGCAAUUAUCUGUAUGAGGACGGAAUUUUUGCAGACAAAAAGCUCGGUGGAGAGGUUCGGCAUCUCCUACAGGAGUUGAGGUUGAGGUAAUAAGUUCGUUUGCAUUCAAACUUGGAGGCGACGAGUUGCGGCGUGAGCUCAAAGGAAGAAGCUUUAAAAUAAAAGUCUCUACUUGAAAAGCUGUACACGCAGUCACCGCUAUGCACUGGACAUUCUCAGGAAAAAUGUUUCCUGUGCAAGAUGUGCGAUAAAAAGCCAGAGAAGCAACUCUGAAACUGCCGUCAAUCAUUCAACUCACACAGAAGUUAAACAAUUCUCUUAGAAAAUGUAUACUGUGCUGUAGAGCUGCUAAUUAAAUCUGAUGUAGUGUUCGGAGAUCUUUGGAUUCCCUUAACGUGACGAUUCUAUUCAGCACAGGUUUCUUCAAAGUGGAUUCUCUGUCAAUAGUGAAAUACCCCAAACGCUGUAACUGAAAGCGAAAACCAAGUGGUUUAUCUGCCAUGCAGGCGAUCGAAGGUUCGAGGAGAGCAUUUUCAUGAACUACCAGGGAAGAAGGAUUCAAUUGGGAAAGCCAGUCCACAUCUGUACAGUGCACCGCGUCUGAUCCUUCUGUUUGGUAGUGUGUCUGUUCUCCUUGCUUGAAGUCAUCCUUUUUCCCAGGAACCUCGGCCUGAAACAGCUUGUCAUAUACUCGCACUUCGCCCUGAACAAAAUCAGCUGAUGCCCAGUGGAGAGUGCCUUUGGGUGGCUUUGUGUUAAGUGAGUCUGGAACAUAUAUCGCUUUCAGCAAACAAGCGUUUCCUGAUGCGUCCUUAUGAAAGCCAGUGCAAGUUAUAUUGUAACCGAACAGCAACCUUACAGAUUUGCCUGGUGCAAGUCCAUAGAAAUUUAUAUCAUCAAAUUCACGAAAAUCACUGCGUUCUAUGAACACGGUGCUUGUGAGGUUCAAUGUUCGGAUGCCGCGUUCUGGAAACUUCGGGUGUAAGGGGCAGUUGACUGGUAAAGGAGUGCCAGGGUGGUUGGAAAUGAUAACAGGCAAAGGAUCCAAGACUGCGAAUCGGCGAUAUACAACAUCGUCCAACUCUUCGCGGAUACAUCGCUCGAGUUUGCUGAAAUGUUGGGUGUUGUCGUUGCGGGUCGUGCCCAGUUCAAAACAGAAUCGAUUGAUUGACGUCGGAGUGUAGCCUCGACGACGAAGGCCCUCUAUAGUCAGCAAACGAGGAUCAUCCCAGCCUGUAACGUGACCCUCUGUAAUCAACCUGUUGAGUUUGCGCUUAGAUAGUACAUUGUGUGUGAUGUUACAGCGUGCGAACUCCCAUGUAAUUGGCUUGUACAACCCAAGACUAUCAAGUAGCCAAUAGUAGGGCCCAUUUGGUGCCUGUCGUGUUUCGAACUCUAAGGUGCACAGAGAAUGGGUGACGUUCUCAAGACUAUCCACUAAGCAAUGCGUGUAGUCAUAUGUGGGGUAGAUGCAGUAUCUAUCGCUUGAAUGAGGAUGUUUCUCAAACUUAAUGCG